CCAAAUCCCAAACGUUGCCGCUCUCUUUUCUCCGCCCUACCGCUGAUCUAAGCUCAAUUUUCCGCCACUGGCUUUUGGGAGCUCCAACAGAGGAAGAGACUGGGCGAUACCCACUUUAAAUUGAAGGAAUGGGUGACAAGAAGAAGCAGGCUUCAAUGUUCAUCAGGCUUGUUUCUGCUGCUGGGACUGGAUUCUUCUACGUGAAGAGGAAGAAUCCUCGAAGAAUCCCUACAAAGCUUGAGUUCAGGAAAUAUGACCCUCGUGUGAAUCGACACGUUCUGUUCACCGAGGCCAAGAUGAAGUGAGUGAGAUAAUUGUUCGAUGGUUAGAUCUACUUAUGCACUUAUCUUGGAUUAAAAUGGUACUGUUAUUCGCCAUAAGCAAUUUUCAAACUGAAAUUGUGCUUAACACUUCCUGUUAUAUCUUACUGGAUGACAGUGUGUUUCAUAUUACAUUUAUUGCAAAUCCAUGGAUGAGGAGAUGUAAUUUCACCAUU